ACGCUCUUUACUGCACUAGAUCUAUAUUUUCAAAUCGACAGCUGGGCUCAUCUGUUGUUCACAAUUCCUUUUACACUUCUUCUCAUCGCAACCGCCGUACUCAUCAUGCCCGAGCUCGACGUUCUCAUCAUUGGAGGCGGCCCAGCUGGGCUUUCGGCAGCCCUUUGUCUAUCCCGUGCUUGCUACAAGACGGCCAUCUUCGACUCUGGUGCCUAUCGGAACGCCGAAGCGCUGCACAUGCACAUGUUCCCAACGUGGGACCACAAAGACCCGAAGGAGUAUCGUACUGCGGCAAAGGCAGAGCUACUGGACCGCUAUGGGGACUUCGUGGCCUUUGUGGAUCGCCGGGUUACGUCGGCGACUAAGGAUACGGACAAUGGAACGUUCGAGGUGGUAGAUGAGAUGGGGGAGGAGUGGAGUGGAAAGAAACUGCUUUUGGCAACUGGGGUGAAGGACAUAUUACCGGAUAUCCCUGGCUAUGAAGAAUGCUGGGUUAAGGGAAUAUUUCACUGUCUCUUCUGCCAUGGACACGAAGAUCGCGGUCAAAAGUCUGUCGGUGUCCUCGCGAUCGAACUGAUGGCUCAAGCACCUAUGAUCACGAAUAGCUAUGUGCGCAACGCGCUGCAGUUCUCGGAGAGCGUCACGAUCUACACGGAUGGCUCCGAAUCCGUUGCUACGACCAUCUCGGGAAUGGUUGCCGGCAUUGGAGAGCGGGUGAAAAUAGACAAUGGGUCAAUAGCUCGCCUAAUCAAGGAGCCUACUGGUGCAACCGUCACGAUAGAGUUCACCGAUGGGACCAAGGUCACUCAGAGCUUUCUGGUCCAUGGACCUCGCAACGAAAUGGAUCUUGGGUUCGCGAAGGACUUGAUGUUGGACAAAAUGCCAUCAGGUGGAGAGCUCAAGGUCACGUCUCCGUUCAACGAGACGACUGAACCCGGCUGCUUUGCGGCUGGGGAUUGCGGUUCGAUGGGCAAAAUUGUUGUAGCUGGCGUCGCAUAUGGCGCUUUCGCCGCGAUGGGUAUCAUGAACAAGGCGCUUGACAAGCCUUUCGCGAUUCCCAUGUGCGGUAUGGAAAAUACGAUUCUGCAGCCGAAAUACCUCUCCGUGCUGAAGCGAGAGGACCGCAACGAGCUGAGCCUGUGUCAAGCCUUUGAGGAUAUGUUCAACAUGACCACCACUUCAGGGAAGGAAGGGCGACAUGAUCAUGUGGAAAUUGACGUGGUUGGGAAGUACAUCAACGCUCGUCUAACACAAUUUCAUCCUUUCAUGGUGUCCCAGACUGAUUACGCAUUUGAGCUUAUUGUUGGCCCUGAGCCUAGGUGGAAGAAGUUCAACACCGCGGAUCUCUGCUUCGAUCUGGUCUUUGCUGAAACCGCCCGUGUCCUCUCUGGUGAGGAGCUUUGCCAGAAUCCCGAAUACAUCGAAGCCAUCGUCGAUUACUCGAAGUCGUUCUUAAUGAGUGGCUUCAUGUGGCCGAUACGACCGCCAAACUGGGGACCCAUCCGUAACUGGCUGUAUUGGUUGUGUACUUGGCGUCUUCGCCGGGACAUCAAGCGUGCCUUCAGAUUCAUCAUUCCGCUUAUCAAUAGCCGCUUGAAAGAAUUAGAGGCCACUGGAAACAACGUAGAGGGCGCAGACCUUCACCUGGACAUGAUCCAAGGGCUGCUCACCAUGAACAUCCCCCAGCCCGAAGAGCGGACACCAGUUCGACACGCUCACCGUGUCCUUCACAUGUCCUUUGCGGCUUCCGCAGUGAGCAGCGCGCUGAUGAUGCAUACCAUUCAUCAGACUUUGAUGACUCCGGAAUACGUCCCGGAACUCCGACAGGAAAUCACAAAUGCGCUUAAGGAGCACGGCGGAUGGACUGAAAAGGCUCUGUUGGAGAUGCAUCUCUUGGAUAGCUUCAUCCGGGAGCUCUUGAGAAUGAACCCACCGAGUGUUUUCGCCGGUCAACGCACCAUCCUUUCUCCAACUUACCGCUUCGACAACACUCUAACGCUUCCUAAAAUGACGCGCAUCGCGUUUCCCGUGAUGGAAAUCCAUACUGAUCCGGAUAACUAUCCUGACCCAUUGAAAUUCAAUCCCUACCGAUUCAUGGGGUCGGAGCCUGGAUCGGAGAGGAUGUCAGCUUUCCGGAUCACUGAUAAAUACCUCGCGUUCGGGUACGGGAAACAGGCUUGCCCGGGGCGGUUCCUCGCUAUUCGUCAGCUCAAGCUGAUUCUUGCGAAACUAUUCCUUGGUUACGAGUUUCAGUGGGCUGGGGGACCAUCGAAGGGACCAAAAAAGCUCUCAAGGCAAGUGGUUGAGGGCCAGAUUUUCCCAGACCUUUCGACUGAGGUCGAGAUCAGGAAGCGAGUUGUCUGA